AUGCUGUACAACUGCCAUUUUAGAAGAUUUCAUGAAAGUGAGAGUAAAAUAAUGAUAUUGUACAGAUAUGAAGGAACGAAUAUCAAAACAAAACUUUAUGAUUUUAACAGGAUGAACCAAUCUUGCUUCGUGUGCAACAUAAAAGGUGCUAUCUCUUUAAGGAAUGCUGUAAAACUUUUUGAAGAAAAUCCGCCUCAGACCGUAUUACAAUCAGGAAAGAGCCUUUUGGAGGUGCUCUGUGAAAUCGUUGAGAAGCCCAUAAAAGAGGACAAUGCAUACUCGAAAAUUAUCUGCAAGAAAUGUUAUAAGAUGUGCACCGAAUAUGAUUCUAUACAAGUCAGAUUAAAAUCGAUAAAGGCGAAUCUGCUCGGGCAAUUCAAGAAGACGUUGCCCGAUCACAAUCUGAACUAUGACACCUUCAACAAAGAGCCCACCAGUAAAAGUAUCCUUAUUCCGGCGUCUAGUGAGAAAAAGCCGGACGGGAAAAAGAUUGUGUUGCCAGCAUCUAAGCUACAACCGCUACCGCCCAAUUUCGUGAUAAAAUCUCCAAAAUGGCCGACCAUAACCAAACCCGGCCCGGAGAUAAGGAUAUUAUCACCAUCUACACUAAAUUUAAAAGUUACCGUCGGUUCGUCCGUACUCACGCAAAGCAUCAAAACAACAGGCGCACUGUCAAAUAAAACACUACAGAAAGUCGUUGUGCCGAUACCAAACCAAAACCCCAAACCUGUGGAUACCAACGUAUCGCCAAUGAAGUCCCAAACUAGUCAAAGAACGAAAAAUAUAUUGGACGUUGUGACGUCACAGACGAGCGCAGCGGUGACGUCAACGGUGACGUCAGCACAGCAAUCGCUAACCUCGAUCGUGACCACGAAAACGAAUCCGGUUCUGAGUUUCAACGUCAACACGCUACCAAAGGAUUUCUUAUCAUCGGCCGUCUUGACUAGGAUCGGUGAUUGCGUAUCAAACGAUAUAGAAGAAAUAAUCAAGAAGGGGGAUGGUGAUGGUACUAAAAUUGAAAAUGAUUUGGAUACCAACGAUGACCAGCCGAUGGAGAUCGAUGAAGAUUGCUCUUUAGCAGUUAUAACAGCGACAGAGGACUGCAAUAAGUUGGUUUUCGCUAGUGCUUCCGAACAGAACGAAGACGACAAGUCGAAAUUAAAUAACUAUUUCGACGUCAACUUACUUUCUAGCCUGGACAGUUCGACUAACGACGAUCCUGGAAGCGAGUCUCCAGAUAAAUACGUACUGGGCAAGUUUGAAAUUUUGGACGAGAGAAAUGAGGAAGACGACGAGGAAGAACAUACGAUUGUGAUGGACGGGGAGAACGGUUCGAUUAUACACGUGGUGUCCGGACAGAAGUUUUUGUAUGGCGAUAACGAAAUAUCAAUUAUGGUGCCGGAAGGGAGUAGCUUGGACGGCAACGAUAAUGGGGAUAAUCAAGAUUCAAACGAUGAGCAAAUAGAGCUGCAAGUGGCUGGCGAUGAGGAGACCGCUAACGCCAUCAUUGCGGCUGCGCAGGAACAGGGUGGAGCGUUCAUUAAGGUGGAAUCGGGGGAGAUGUUCCAAGUCAAGUCUGUUGAGAGCAAGACUGAGGAAGAACAAGAUGACGUGUCCAAUGAUGACUUACAUAUGGUGGUAGCUCAAGACAAGGGACAGUUCAAAUGUUUGCUAUGCGAGAAAAACCAAAACAAAGAAGGAGAGACUUUCACCGGCGACGCGACCACCACUAUGCAGCAUCUCCGCUCCGUGCACGACGCGAGGUUGCACAUCUGUGCCAUUUGCGGCGUCGUGAUGAGGAAGAAGGCUGAUUACCUUAGUCAUUUAGAGAAGCACUCGAACAAACUGCAAAGCGAUAAAAGCAAAGCCCACGAGUGUACAAUAUGUAAAAAGAAAUACAGCUCGCGGCAGCUGCUGGGCGAGCACAUGAACGCGCACAGCGGCAGCCGGCCGCACGCCUGCCCCGCCUGCGGCAAGAGCUUCGCCUCCAAGUACACCUACCAGUCGCACCUAAAGACGCACCUGGAUCGACCACGUCCGUUCAAAUGCGAUCAGUGUGGGAAAUCCUUCCUUACACAGCAAAAUCUGAACCAGCACGAAAAAAUCCAUUCAGGUGUUAAGGACUUCGUCUGUAAUGUGUGCAAUAAAGCCUUCGGUACCCAACACAACCUCGAAGUUCACGGCGUGGUGCAUUCAGGCAAUCGGCCAUUUGUAUGUGGUGUUUGUGGGAAGGCAUUCGCGAGACGAGCUGAAGUUAGAGACCACAUGCGGAUUCACACCGGCGAGCGUCCGUUCGCGUGCGACGUGUGCGGCGCGCGCUUCACGCAGCGCUCCAACCUGCACUCGCACCGGCGCGCCACGCACCUAGAUGACCGGCGCCACCGCUGCCAGCUCUGCCCCAAGCGCUUCAAGCGCCGCAGAUUGCUCGACUACCACGUGAAAGCGUCGCACACAGGCGAGCGACCAUUACAGUGCGAAGUGUGUCAAGCCACCUUCGUGUAUCCUGAACAUUUUAAGAAGCACAUGCGCAUACACAGUGGCGAAAAGCCCUACCUUUGCGAGGUGUGCGGCAAGUCGUUCAACUCGCGCGACAACAGAAACACGCACCGCUUCGUGCACAGCAGCAAAAAGCCGUACGAGUGCGUCGUGUGCGGCGCCGGCUACAUGCGCAAGCAACUGCUGUACCAUCACAUGAACACUAGCGGUCAUUUGGCCGAGUCAAUAGUCGUGAAUCAACCGAGGGUUUCGAAGAUCCCAGAGAAUGUUGUAACAACUUCUACGCCGGUCGUCUUGGACUCUGGCAAUGGAUAUACAGAGAAGUUCACGGACGCGAUUUUCGAAGCAACAGAGGCACUGCAAGCGCAAUCCACUGAUAAAUCCAUCGUAAGUACAUCGGAAGCUGACACCGCUGCGAAGUUGUUUAUAACGGACGAUAAGAAAAUUAUCCUGCAAGAUGUAAUAAUUACGGAAGAGGACUACAUUUGUGAAGCGUGCUUUGAUGUAUCCAUGCAGUCUAUUAAUGCUCAAAUUCAUGGAAACAAUGAGUGUCAUCCAUCUGCUUGUUCAUCUCGCCUUGGUCAUACUCAAGUGUGCCCCGUUUGUGGUCGAUCAUUGCUCAAUCGUCAAAGUGACCAUAUUCAAAAAGAAAACCCAUCAAGCCUCACACUAAGAAUGAUCAACUUAAUUCGAGCUACUGUAGCACCUCGUCAGAUAUCACAAUAUGAUCGUGUAUGUCAUGCCUGUUGGUUGAGGUUUAAAAGACAAGCUCUUUUAACUCAACAACAGGAUGAAAGAAGAGGCUUAGAAGGUGAUGAGACUCCUCACGGUCAAGAAGAAGUGGAACAGCCUGUUGAUGCAGUUCAUGUUCCAGAAUUACAACCUCCCCCGUUUCUUGCAAGUACAGAUGAAAGGGAUUCGUCUGUAGAAUCAGUUGCAGCUCCAGAGGUUCAUUCGCUACAAUCUCAAACCCAACAAUCAAGUAAAUCCACAAUAAACUUAAUGCAAGACAACGAGGAAACCCCUCUAUUGACUAUACAUAACAUAAAUGAUAAUAUAAAAGAUGGUUCAAUUUUGGAAGCAGUCACUACGGAACAGCUAGUGGGAGAAACACAGGAAAUAACAAGUAGUAAAGCGUCAGGCGCUGCGGGCAUGGUGAGACUCGUGCAGGUGCAGCUGCCGGAUGGCAGGAGUGGCUGGCUCGCUGUGGACUCAUAA